GUCAGCUACAGAGCCGCUGAGCAGACAUCAUGGCUCUGUACGAAUAUGUCACUCAAGAGCAGCUCUCGGGUUUUGACAAAUACAAGUACAGUGCAGUGGACACCAACCCAUUGUCUGUCUACGUCAUGCAUCCUUUCUGGAACUCUGUAGUCAAGGUCUUACCGACGUGGUUAGCUCCUAACCUCAUCACAUUCACUGGGUUCAUGUUCCUGGUGUUGAACUUCGUCAUGUUAUCCUUCUACGACUUUGACUUCUACGCUUCAGGUCAGGGACACACACAUGUGCCCAGCUGGGUAUGGAUAGCUGCAGGCCUCUUCAACUUUCUGGCAUAUACAUUAGAUGGUGUGGACGGUAAGCAGGCCCGAAGGACUAACUCCAGCACUCCCCUGGGAGAGCUGUUCGAUCACGGAUUGGACAGCUGGGCGUGUGUGUUCUUCGUUGCUACCGUUUACUCUGUGUUUGGGCGUGGCCAGAGUGGCGUUGGCGUGGUAACGCUCUAUUACCUGCUUUGGGUGGUCCUCUUCUCCUUCAUCCUGUCUCACUGGGAGAAAUACAACACAGGGGUCCUCUUCUUACCAUGGGGCUAUGACCUCAGUCAAGUGACCAUUUCUAUAGUCUAUAUAAUCACAGCAGUUGUCGGCGUGGAGACAUGGUAUAUCCCCAUCUUUUUGAACAUCUAUUACAGAGAUCUUUUCAUAGUCAUGAUUGUGGGAUGCCUGUUUAUCGUGACCCUGCCCAUGAGUCUGUACAAUGUCCUUAAGGCAUACCGCAGUAACACACUGAAACACAGCUCUGUGUAUGAGUCUCUCCUGCCACUCCUCUCUCCUUUCCUCAUCUUUGUCCUCUCCACGCUGUGGAUCACUCUUUCACCCACAGACAUCUUAGAUAAGCAGCCGCGAAUCUUCUACCUCAUGGUGGGCACAGCCUUUGCCAAUGUCACUUGUAAAUUGAUAGUGUGUCAGAUGAGUAACACACGUUGCCAGGCGCUGAGUUGGUUGUUGUUGCCGCUGACGAUGACCGUAGCGCUGGUGGCCUCUGGGCUCGUCCAGCAGAGUGAGACCCUUCUGCUGUAUGCCUGGACCGCUUUCGUCGUCCUCGCUCAUGUACAUUAUGGAGUUUCAGUAGUGAAGCAAUUGAGUGAACACUUCAACAUCCUCACAUUCUCACUGAAGAAGCCAAGUUCAGAUUGACAAGAGGAGGAGAAAGUCGGCCUGACGGCUGCAGAGGUCUAAGCGAUCCCAGCGGCCUCAGCAGCAAGCAGACACUUCACCCAUCACCAUGGAAACUCAUCCCUCACCAUUAAACUGAGACACAACAAACUCUUCUAUCACACAGCACAGACUCUGAGCUGCGUCACAGGGAGCCACUCAGCCCAGAGAUGUAGCUGCGUCAUGGGACCCACUCUUCCCAGAGAUGCAGCUGCACCACAGGGCCCACUCUGCCCAGAGUUGGAGCUGCAUCAUGAGGCCCACUCUGCUUAGAGAUGGAGUUGUGAUCUGAGACUGGCCUCAGGUUUGGCAUCUCUGUGAAAAUACGGCUGUGGUGUCUGUGAAGCCGAGGAAUCGAAUCUGUUUCCCACGGAAAUGUGCUCUCAGCGGAGACACCAAGAGCCUGUAUCCACACUACAGCAAGUUCUGCUGUGUAGUGGUACACACACACACACACAUACACACGCACGCACGCACACGUUUCAAAGAUAACCACAGCAACAGGCCCUCUCACGAAUCUCGAUGCAUCUCACGCCUCCUUCGUUAAUGUGCGUUUAAAACGUACAUGCACAAACGUAGACGAAACAUAAUGAAUGUUAAGUACAUUAUUGCCUUGGGGAAUGGUGAUUUUAGCUGGCUUUGAAUUUGUCUUGAUCAUCUGUUUGUUCAGUGUAAAGAUGCUGGACUAAACAGGAGAGUUCACUGUAAAGUGACAGCUAAUUCACUGCUAAUACAGUCAAUGGAAUCCAUAGUUUCUGUCAAACAUCAGACAGAUUUUCUGUUGUUGUUUUUUUUUUAUGGUGACAGAAUGAACUUUUGAAUAUAAUUAUGAAUUUAAUAUUGCAGGAAUGGGUUUUUUAAUCACUGAAAAUGUGAAUGUUUGCUCUCCAGUUGCUCUCCACGGUCCAAGUAAAUUCAGUUCUGGACUGAAGCCUGCACCUCAGGCCCAGAACUGUCACCAACCGGAUUCGUUUCCCUCACUCACACAGCCCAGUCUUGUCCUGUUCCCCGACCCCAUUCCCCCAGCCCAUCACAGUCAGAUGAUUGUGGAAACAGGUCGAAGGUUUUUGCUGCUCCUUUUUUCCCUUUUCUUUCCUUUUAAACUUUGGUGAUGGUGUGUCGGCAAGCCGAUUUUCAGAGUUAUAAUGUUUUCUUUAGUUUCUUUCUCGUUUUUGGCUUAACAAGUGGGCUUUUAUUGAGUUUAUAUGCGCUUGAAUGAAGAGUGCGCUUCAAACCCUGUACAGGAGAGGGCGCAUUCUGAAUUGGCGAGGCAUCUCUCGCUCCGUUCAGUAAACGCGAUAAAAGCACUAGUACGUGUGCUGCCUAUGCGUCUGCGUUAAUACGUGCGUAAAACAGUCACUGUUGCCUAUAUAUUGCUUUUUCUUCUUUUCAGUGCUGUCCGUUCUUUCUUUCUUUUUUCCUCUCAUUCUUUCUUUGUUUUUCAUGUACGGUAUGGUCGUUUUGGUGGUAUUGGAUUGUUCCUUCCCAGUGUGGGCACGCGGCGUUGUCGUCCGUUUGGCUUCAAUGAUGUGUGGCUGUAUUCAGAGUGCUCACUCCGGGCGCGUGAUAGAAGCGCUACACGUAGCGUUGCCAUAAGCAUUAGGACCAGUCCCUCUUGGAUUGGUUGAUACUUGAGUGUAUGUACAGGUUAUUAUUUAUAAUGAUACUGUUUUUAUUAUUAUACUGUGUUCUUUUUAAUGAUCUGUAAGGUAAACUCAAUUCUUCCUUUCCCACAAAUUAUAGACUGUUUUUAAAAAUACGCGGGGCCAGGUGGCUCGUUCGGUUCAUUAAUUUCUUAAGACCCCUCCACUCCCCGAGUAGCUUUAGUUAAGUAAGUUUCCGUGUUGAAAGUAACAUAAACACGAAUAACAGAAGUGAGUACCUUUGAUGAAAAUUGAAUGUUCAAUAUUUAUUGAAAAGGCUUCACUGUAAUGUGUAAUAACCGUUUCCGUUUCAGAAUCUGAUAGGCUGUAUUAUGCCUCUAUAUUACGGCCUAAUCGAUAGCAUACAGUCAGCAGUUAAAGAAGGAAAGUUUCGCUACUUUUAUUGUUUACACGGUGAAAAAACUAAGUGUAUUGACUAUUGGAAACGUGACUGAUGUUUUACACAGACGUUGUAAGCGGAUGUGUACAGUAGGCCUACCUCGGUUCUUUAGCAAGUGGACAGUUUUGUCCAAUGGUUUUGUUCAGUCUUUGCGUGCCACGAGCGCAUGGUGGUUGAUCUGGUGAAGUGUUGCCUCUUUAUGCUGAUUUGCGAAGCUCCAACUUCCCAAAUUCUAAACUCAACCAGUCUAGAAUCACCGUAAAUGGACAACAUCUGCCAAAUAUCUGACGGGACAGCGAAGUCCUAUCUUGACGAAAGGAAACUUGUGGUAAUAUUAAAUUUGUUUUAAAUAACCUUUUUUUAACGACCUGAACAACUAGGGCUUGUACGGGAAGCGCACAGAAGUGGCCCUUUGCAGGCUAUGCUAUGAUAUGUAUUAUUGUGUUUGUAUAGGGUAAAGUUAUUGAAGACUGUGACAUUGUACAAUCACUUUUUUUUUCUUUUUAACUACAUGCUUACGUGAGCGCCUUUAAAUCACUGAAUAAA